AAACUGUCGCCCAUACUCCUCAACCGCACCCCCCGCCUCAGUUUCGCUGGCGACCCCCGGCCCCGCCAAUCGCCCUCGACGUCUGCCUACUCCGCCAUGUCGCUCGACCCGGCAAAGGACGCGAGGCGGCGCCGUAGCAGUAGUCUUGUCUACAAGGAGCCGCCCGAGUCGCUCGAGCAGCUGAGCGACCAGUCGGCACUGCCCAAUCUCAACGUAGAAUGGGUCAAUGCAAAGGGUGCUUGGGCUAUCCACUUUGUCCUCAUCUUCUUCGGCAAGAUCCUCUUCGACAUCAUCCCCGGCAUGUCGCAGGAGGCCUCGUGGACCCUCGUCAAUCUCUCGUACGUGGCCGGCUCGUACCUCAUGUUCCACUACGUGCGCGGCGUCCCCUUUGACUUCAACUCGGGCGCCUACGACAACCUCAACAUGUGGGAGCAGAUUGACAACGGCGACCAGUACACGCCCGCCAAGAAGUUCCUGCUCAGCGUCCCCAUAUUGCUCUUUCUAGUCAGCACCCAUUAUACCAAUUACGACUUGACGUAUUUCCUCAUCAACUGUUUUGCCACGAUUGCCGUCGUCAUUCCCAAGCUGCCUUCGUUCAUCAUGGUCUGGUCUCAGCUCGAGCCUACCGGCCCGCAUGUAACUUAUGUCGCGCUUACCUUCUUCCUCAUACUAUACGCCCUCUUCUCUGUUUUGAUACGGAACCGGCUCCAUCUUUCGGAGCCACCGCUGGCCACCUUGUUCGGUAUUAUUGUCGGACCGCGCGCCCUCGGUCUUCUGCGGCCUUAUGAAUGGGGCUUUUCGGAUGAUUUGAUCCAAGAAACUACCCGUUUAAUCGUUGGCAUUCAAUGUUUUGCUGUCGGUCUGGAGCUCGAGGAUCGCUACCUGUCAAAGAAGGCGUAUGCACUGCUCGCCCUGCUAGGUCCCGUCAUGACAUUCGGCUGGCUCAUCUGCGCCUUUUUUAUUACCUUCAUCUUCCAAACGGAUUUCGUCACAGCCAUGACAAUUGCAGCUUGCUUGACGCCUACCGAUCCAGUACUUGCAGCCUCGGUUCUCUCCAACAGCCAGUUCAGCACACGGGUACCCAAACGCAUCAGGGAUCUGCUGAGCGCAGAGAGUGGAUGCAACGACGGCGUAUCGUUCCCUUUCUUGUACAUUGGACUUAGCCUCCUUCUCAAGAACACUGCGGGCAGUGUCUUGAAGAAAUGGUUUCUCGUCACUGUGCUGUACCAAUGCGUGGUAGGCGUCAUUGUGGGCAUCGUCCUCGGACACGUCUUCAACAUGCUGUACCGCAUCUCACAUGCACGCGAAUGGAUGGGCAGGCCCGCCUACUUGACCUUUUACCUGCUUGCUGCCAUAUUUUCCGUCGGACUGGCAGCCGUCCUGGGUGUCGACGACUUUCUUGUGGCUUUCUUUGCCGGCCGUGGAUUCUCUCACCGGCAAAGAUCACCUCUGGCCGAAACAGCUCUUCCUGUCAUUAUCGAUAUGAUGAUCAACUCUGCCUUCUUCAUCUUCUUCGGCGCAAUGAUACCUUGGGACAGCUUCAACAAGCUUGACGCCAUCACACCCGGUCGACUGGUGGGCUUACUCGUUCUCAUCCUUCUCUUCCGCCGCAUUCCAAUCGUCUUUUCUCUCUUCCAAUUGAAGCUCCUACCUUUUGUGAAGACGAAAACCGAGGCGCUUUUUGUUGGACACUUUGGGCCCAUGGGGGUUGGGGCGCUCUUCCUCGCUAUCGAAGCGCGUGCGCAGCUCGAGACGGGCACAUCUUUGCCUUUGCCAAGCCCACCCGACGAUCUUCCGAUUGAGAAACAGAGGACCGUGACUUUGAUCUGGCCCAUUGUUUGCUUCAUUGUUCUCGGCAGCACAAUGGUGCACGGCUUCAGCACACUUGCUGUCAGUAUUGGAGGCCACUUUGCACGUAAGGAGGCUGAGCGGGCUCCACUGAUAGGAGGCGAAAGCGAGGGAUUGCAUGGCAUGAUCCAUGACGAGGAAGAGGACACCGAAGUCGAGGACAAUUACGAGUAGGAGGUGUCUGUGUGUACCUGGGAUGUACUAGACCAAAGUAGUGGCGGGGGAGUUCUUUUUGUUGAUGUAUGCGCUUGGACCUUUACGCGCGUCACGGAAUCAUGCUUUGGGAGGCGUCACAUGGCAAUGGUAGCCAUGGUUAAUGUUCACAUUCAAUAUUGAUAUU